GAUCGUCCACGAUGGGCGAAAGGCUCGAUGCUUGUGGUGCUUAUCUCCAUGUCAGGCACAAGUAACAUCUCUUUCGUACUGUUCUCUUUGUUUGUCCUUGUCAAGAAACAUCAUUCGCUCAUUACAAGAGUCUACAGCUUGCCAUUCGACAUGGCGAGCCUGGUCCAGGCAGUGCUCUUUACAUUCGCUACGCACACAUUCGCUCAAUCCAUCUCAGAUCUUGGUGUAUCUGGUGGAAAUGGCAGCCGAGGAGGCAUCGGAGACGGUGACCACCCAGUCAUGCAUGCCCAGGCAUACAUCACGGACGCCAUGAUCCCACUGGCACCCAACACUACCAGACAGCUAGCCCAAGGGACAGCACCUGUACUCUCUCGCACUAACAACAGCGGAACAUGUGGCAAUUUCCGCUUCGUCGUCGUCGAUUCCACCAGCAACGGCGCAAGGCAACAGAUGGUUGGCUUUGGUCACGCGUGGACUGAUAGCGCAGUGGAUGUGUUUAAUACCCUGCAGCCUGCCGUCCUUGAUCAGGUCAUGAACGACCUCUUUGGUCAAAGCGGCAACAACAUGGGCUUUAUGAGACACACCAUCGGCUCAAGUGAUCUCAGUGGCGCGCAGUACUCGUACGACGACAACGGACCUAGCUUCAACGAAGGCGAGCCGGAUCCAAGUCUCGCGAACUUCUCACUCGGCCAGUAUGGAACAGCAAUGGCUCAAAUGAUUGCAAAGAUGGGCACCUACAAGGGUGACGUCUUCCUUUUCGGCGCUCCGUGGUCGUUACCAGGCUGGAUGAAGAACAACGAUCUAUUCAUCGCUGGAAUCACCAAUACGCCUGGAGGACAAUAUCCGUUGCUCAACAACUCUUUCAAUAUUGGGUACAUCCCACAAGCUGUGGAGUACUUCACGAAGUACAUCGACGCCUUCGCACAGUACGGUGUUACCAUCAACGGUCUGUCGCUCGAGAACGAGCCCUUGAACUACCAGGGUGGCUAUCCUACCAUGUACCUCGACGCUGCCGAUGAGGCGAACAUCCUCAACCAAGGUCUAGGAAGUAUGCUUCAACAGCGAGGAGUGCUCGCAAUGGCAUACGACCACAACACCGAUCAGCCUGUCUAUCCGUACCGGGUCUUGCAAGGAGCACCGAGCUACGCCCAUGCCGUUGCAUGGCAUUGCUAUCAAGGGCCGUAUCCUAACUAUACCGUGAUGGCAGACAUUUCUCGCGCCUUCCCAGGCACUCUACAAUUCAUGACCGAGUGCUCCAAUUACCUCCCGGCCGCUGGCUCGGUCAACUUUGAAGUCGCUGAGAACUUCAUCCCACCGGUUCAGCAGGGUGCAUCUGGCGCUGCAAUGUGGGUUAUGGCCACCGACCCCGACUUUGGUCCGCAUUCACCUUACGGAGGAUGCAACGGCUGCCUCGGAAGCAUUGUUGUGAAUUCCAGCACGACAUACACGAAGACCAACGACUAUUACAUGAUUGGCCAGUUCUCUCGCUUCGUUCGCAGAGGUUCAGUCAACUACAACGUUUUGCGGGGCAACGAGGGUAGCGGCGCGACGAGCAACCAGUUCUACGUUAUGUCAGUCCAGAACCCGGACGGGUCAUGGGCUGUGGUCUUCAUGAACAACAUGGGCAGCGACCAAGACGUUGUGCUUUCAUUCACUGGUCAAGGCAACCAGUUUUGGGAAGGCGUGGUGCCGAGCCAAACAGUGACUACCUGGCUCAUCCCGUCGCAGCAGGUACUGAACCAGGUGAACGGAACCAAGGCUGCAAGCACUGUACCUCCGUACCCAUUCACCAACACCACCUCCAUUCCGUUGACCGGAUCAACGACUAUUGCUGUGUGCAACAUCACCACCGCAACAACAUCGAGCAGCAGUAGCUCUACGAGCACCACGGCACUACCAGUACCGGAUACCACGCAUACGAUUGCUACAACGAGCAUGGUGUAAGAGCACUUGCGAGAAAGGACGAGUCAACGGCAAAUUAUAGAGAUAGAGGCAUUACAAUAGAUGGGAUCAUGUGUCUCGGGUGCAACUUAACGUGUGAACGAAGAUCAUAACGAUGUGUAAAGCUACGCUAAUGAACCGUAAUUGGUCGCAUACCGUAUCACAUCACUCCUGCGAACCCUAAGUCCAACCGAAACGUUCACGAAUAGUUGCAGUGUACCAAGUUAUCAAUGUCAAGCACCGUCUGUGAGGUGGUGAUCGCACCGUUCGCCACGCCGAAGGUGACGUU